CUGUUUGUCAAAGUACGGAAUUCCCCCCAGCUAGUGUCUCAGAGCCUCUUGUCCCUCUUGGCUUUGCUUUUUUCCCAGACAGAAUUUCUCUGUGUAGUCCUGGCCAUCCUGGACCUCACUCUGUAGACCAAGCUGGCCUUGAACUCUGCCUGACUCUACCACCGGAGUACUGGGAUCACAGGUGUGGGCCACCACACCCGGCUGUGACUUCAUUUCUGAAUGUUAACAUCGAAGGGUUUGCCAUCAGCACAUAGAACUGUCCUUGACCCUGUAUACCGCAGUGAGCUUCAUUUACAUGUUAAGACAGGGGCCACCCUGUUGAGUCCGGGAGAAAAUGAACUCCAAGAUGAUCUCCAUCACGGUGGGCAUCUUCUCUAUCCUCAACACCAUCCAGUUCGUCAUCUUCGAGCUGAACCAGAUGACGCACAUUGGCUUCGAAGACAAGUACAGCAUCUACCUGGACACGGACUCGGAGGUGUCGUCGUGGGCCGUGGUCUACAGGCACAACAUCACCACGGGGCUGUCCAUCACCACCAUCACCAUCAGCUGCUUCCUCCUCUUCUGCCUGGACAAGAACAUGUUCAUCGGGCUGCUGGUCUACCCGGCGUGGAUCACGGUCUAUGAGCUCUUCAGCAUCACCAUCGUCUUCCUCGUCCACGGCACCAUCAAGGAGCAGUUCAAGGAGCUGAGCCAGCUCUACCUGACCCUGCACUUCCUGCGCAUGCUCCUGCACUUCUCGGCGCUGCCCUUCGUCCUCAAGCACGGCUACAAGCUCUACAAGGACCCCAGGAUCGUGACCAUAGCCGGCCGCCGCAGGCGCUCCUCCAUCAGCACCGUGGACUCGUGGCCGCCGGUCGGGCUGGGCUCCCGCUACCGCAAGACAAACUGAACAGGAAGUGGGGUGGCGCUCAGCCACGGGGAAGCCCCUCCCUUCCCGGCCCCCGAGCUUGUCUUUUCAGGGUCUUGUUUUUGUUUUGUUUGUUUGUGGGUUCUUUUUUAGUUAUAUUCAGCCUGUUUCAGUACUGUCUUCCUAAUGACAUAUAAAGUUACCUUUGAGCUGA